AGCUGCUCUUCCGUUCCAAAUUUCCCCAAAGUUGCAAAAGAAAGGUUUCGAAAUGCUUGGCGAUACUGAGGCAAGCAGCGUCACCCUGAGGACGAACCGACGAACUAGCCCCAUUGAUUUUUCGCGCGAACGUGCCGCCGCCACUGUCGUUUACCAAAUAAGGAGAGGACUCGAACCGCGCCACUACACAACGCAACCCCUUACGAACAGCAACAUGGCCUUGUUGCACUCGGUACGCGUACUUGUUGACCAUCCCCGGCUUUCGACGUGCACCUGUCAGCGCCAUGCAUUCGCGUUCACGAGGGCGAUCACGCCGACUCUUCUUCACGGAAGCCUCAGACCGAAGAUGGGCAAGCUUUUGAGUCUUCUGGCUCGAGACGAGUCUACCUGUUGCACGCCUCAAAAGUACGACGUCUUUUUGGAUUUCGAAAAUGCACAACCUUCCGACAUAGAAAGGGAGACCUUUGAAGCGGUGCAAAGAGUUCUGAAAAAUUCAGAAUCUAUCUUAGAGGAGAUUCAGUGCUACAAAGGGGCAGGGAAAGAAAUCAGAGAAGCGAUUUCGGCGCCCACGGAGGAGUGUCAACGGAAAGCCUACCUGACUGUUGCCCCUCUGGUUGCCAAGCUGAAAAGAUUCUAUGAAUUUUCAUUAGAACUUGAAAAGGUCGUACCAAAGAUCCUGGGUCAAUUGUGCUCUGGCAACCUCUCGCCGACCCAACAUCUCGAAACCCAACAGGCUUUGGUGAAACAGCUGGCAGAAAUUCUGGAGUUCGUUUUAAAAUUCGACGAGCACAAGAUGAAGACCCCGGCUAUUCAGAACGACUUCAGCUAUUAUCGGAGAACAUUGACCAGAGCAUCUCUGGCGCGACAGGAAAAUGCCGAGAAGGACCUCGUGGUCGGCAAUGAGCUCGCCAACCGAAUGUCCUUGUUCUACGCCCACGCGACACCCAUGCUUCGUGUUCUGAGUCACGCGACCAUUACUUUCUUGAUGGACGAAUCUACUGGCGCAAUUCCAACGAGAGGAAACUCAACUCUUUGUUCUGAGAGUGAUGGUAGGGUUAGUCAUCCUUUAUGAUCACGUUCAUCCCCAAGGUGCCUUUGUUAAGGGUUCGAAUGUCGAUGUUAAAGGCUGUGUGAAGCUGUUGAAGGAUCAACCACCCUGCAAAAGCGAAGGUCUACUCAACGCUCUCCGCUACACCACCAAGCACCUGAACGAGGAGAACACACCAAAAAACAUCAAGAACCUGCUAGCAGCAUGAUUACCGAAGCAGCGCGGCUGCUGUAUUCGAAGCUGAGACAAUUGCUGUUAAAAUGUCGGAAGCUGAACGAGCUAUUCAUUUUCCAUAGCGUCACGGGAACGUCGAAGAUGAUAUCCUUCGCGACUUUUAAUCUCGGGACGCAAAGAGCAAUCUCCUGUUUCUGAUCGUGGCUGGGUGGUGGACCACUAAAAACGUGUCUUUCGCAAUCGAAUCUAUAGCUGCCCGAAAACUGCCGACUUCUACAUACCUUCUGACAAAAAAAAGAAAAAAGAAAAAAA